AUGCAUGAGAGUAGAAUUCCUUCUAUAAAUUCAGGGAAACGGCAGAGGCCGUUCUCGUCAGCUUCCCUACCAGAUGAAGAUAGACUCCCUGAAAUACAUGUUACCAAGAAAAGGCAUUCGGCUUUGGCGAACAUUACAAACGUCGUUAUGAGCAGCGGUGUGACGAGUAUGGCUAGUAAAUCUAGCAUGAAGGCGGAACCUUUCUCAUCACCGUACCAGUCGCAGCGCCAGAGCACGAAUAUGAGGUUGUUGAAUAAGUAUUUUUACGGGGAUCCGACUGUUAUAGAAGAGGUGAAAAAACGAGAAAGAAAGGUAUUGAAAGAUAUUCACAUAUCUUCGAAUCAAAUUAAGGAAGUCGAUGCCGAACUCGAGAAUCUAAACAAUAACAUUAUUCCUCAGUUGAAGUACGAUUUAAACAAAAAGUCUAAUAUAUUCCGACAUAUGAAACAGGACACAUUGUCAAUGCAAGAACAGUUAUACCAGCUGAAUAAUGACUGUGAUCUAAAGAAGAAAAACCACGAAUUGAUGCUUAACAACUUAAGUCUGAAGCAUUCUGUGAAUAUGCAAGAUAUGAUGAAUUAUUGGCAUCAGAAAAUAUCGGAAAAAAGACAUGACUGGGAACUCAAAAUACAAAAACUCAAGCAAACGGAACCUGAUCCAGCUGUUCUAAACGAUAUUAAAAUGCUAAAGGCGGAAAAACAGGAAAGAGAAAAAACCUUACAAGAAUUGAAGAAUGCAAACGAGUCCGAGUUGCAAGAUCAUGAAAAUAAGUUGAAAACAGAGUUUGAACAAUUCAAACAAGAAAAGAAAAAACCACUGGCGAAGUCCAUAUCAGAGAAUAAGAAACUCAACAGUGAGCUGAACGAAUUGAUAGAAAAGAAGAAGAGCUUACUGAGAAAAAUAGAUGACAAAAUUAAUGAAGAAAACUCACUGCGUGAAGCCAUUAAGGAAAGGAAUCUGGCAUUGAAAGCUUUAAAUGACUCUAUAGAGCCGAUAGAGCAUGAAUUAAGCCAUCUCCAGUUGAAGUUUAGAUCAGAAAAAGAGAUAACAGAUGCCAUAAAAUCCCAGGCGAAACAAGCAGAAACUGAAUAUACCAAACAAUAUGAUAGAAUGGAACAAGAACAAUUGCAGAGAAGAAUACUAGAAAAUACCAUAGAUGAUUUAGACGGGCAUAUCAGGUGCUUCGCAUAUAUCAACUGCAAUGACCAUGAUGAAUAUGAAGUGGAUUAUAUGAACAAGUGCAUCAUCGGAGAUCACGACACUUUUUAUUUCAACAGAGUUCUGCCCAGAGAUUUGGUAUCCCCAUUAGCAUUAUUCAGUAGCGAAUGUUUCACCUUUAUUGACUCCAGCUUGAAGGGCGGGAAGAGCUGUAAUAUUAUAUCGAUAAAUGAUGAUUUAAGGAAACAAUUUCUUGAGACUAUUCAACAAAAGUAUCCCAACCUAAAAAUCCUGGUACAAAUGGUAGUUUUGAACGACGAUGAUUCUUCGAAGGAUUUGUUGAAUUUGGAAGACAGUGACUUAUCAGCUGUCAUUGAAGAAAAAUGCAUAGACUUUCAUGCGCGUAGAUUACCGAUUACAGAGGUUGAUGGUUAUAUGGUAUCGGAUUUCAACGGUAUUCAUGUCACAAAAUUUGAAAUAUUUAGAGAUGAACAUAACUUUGAAAGCAUAUUCUUCAUUCAGGCGCCAAAACAAGAGGUGGAUAAACUUAAUGUCAUUAGAACAUCUAAGCUGAAAGGUACACCUGUUUCCACCUUCUUGCAGUCACUUUUAUCAAGACUCCAGUCUUUGAUUGUCUUCAAUUUUGAUACCUUAGAUUCAUCGUUAUUACAAUUAUCACAAACUUUACAUAAGCUACCAAAUCCGAAAUAG